AUGCGUUACUCUGAAAAGAGACCGAAGAAAUACAAUGCGGGGUGCCUGCAGUCCACGCUCAAGGGCGGCCGAGGUCCGAGCCUGGUGCUGGAGCCCCCGACGGCCAUGGAGUUCUCGAGCGAGACCGGCGCCGUGCUGCCUUGCUCGGCCAGGGGACAACCGGCCCCGAGGAUCACGUGGGAGAAGAAAGAUGGCUCGCCCGCGUCAGCUGUUCCCGGACUGCGCUCGACCCGAUCUGACGGUUCCCUCGUCCUGUCGUCCUUCUCGUCCAGUCAGUACCGGCAGGACGUGCACUCUGCCACAUACCGCUGCGUCGCUUCUAACUCCAUCGGAGUGGUCAAGAGCAGGCUCGUCCACGUCCAGGGAGUGGUGCUGCAGAAGUUCGUGGCCAAUGCGUACGACGUGUACGUCAUUCGGAAUAACGCGGCUCUGCUUCGAUGUCACGUGCCCCCCGCAGUGAAGGAUUACGUCAGAGUGACGUCGUGGGUUCGAGACGAUGGAGUCACUGUUGGAACACUGGGAAGCACAGGGAUCGAGAACCGGUACCUGAUGCUGCCCACGGGAGAGCUGAUCAUCCGAGAAGUGAAGACCGCGGACACCUUCCGAGGCUACCGUUGCCAAGUCCACAACAUCUUGACCGGGUCUAGCGACAUGAGCGCCACCGCGGGAAAGGUCAUCAUUACUGAGCCCCACACGCAGACUCCGCCCCGCAUGGCAGAGUACCGCAGCGUCGUCCAGGUGGAGCAGGGCGACCAGGCGGUCCUGCCCUGCUUGGCUCAGGGCAACCCGCCGCCCACGCAGACCUGGUACCGGCUGCACGGCCCAGCAUCCUCCUCUUCCAGUACGGGUCUGGGGAACCCUACGAAAGGACUGCGGAGGUCCUCGAGCCCCGUGGUGCCCUCGGAGCGGCUCACCCUCCUCGAGGGAGCCCUGGUCCUGCACGGGGCCAGGACCCAGGACGGAGGGAAGUACGCCUGCGUCGUCAACAACUCGGCUGGAGAGGACAGGGCCGACACGGACCUCCUCGUUACAGUGCCUCUGUCAGCGCGACUGGAGCCACUGGUACAGACCGUGGACGUGGGCAGGACUGCCAACCUGAGUUGCCGCGUGGCAGGCCACCCUGUGCACGGCGUCCAGUGGACGCUCAAUGGCCGCCCCCUGGCCAAGGGCAAUCCCCGGUUGACCCUACUCUCCAGGGACCUGCUCCAGGUGUCUCCCGUACAGCGCGAGGACAGGGGCAUGUACCAGUGCCUUGCCUACAACCAAAGAGACUCUGCCCAGGGCACUGCUCAACUGGUCAUUGGAGAGGACGCUCCCGUGCUGGAGCAGGUGUUCUCGGAGCAAGAGGUGCGACCGGGCACCUCAACGUCGCUCAAGUGCUCAGCCUCGGGAAACCCGCUGCCCCAAGUCACAUGGACGCUGGACGGUGCCCCGGUGCCCGAGGUGUACCACAUCCGCAUCGGAGACUACGUCAGCAACGAGAGGAUGGUGCACAGCUACGUGAACAUGACGUCUGUACGCGUGGAGGACGGCGGCCGGUACGCGUGCGUGGCGCGCAACGGCGUGGGCGCAGCCCAGCACUCGGCCCGCCUGAACGUGCUCGGACGACCCCUGGUGCGGCCCAUGGGCAAUGUGACGGCGCUGGCGGGACGCCCCGUCACCCUCCACUGCCCCGUCGCCGGACACCCCAUUCAGAGCAUCGCUUGGCUCAAGGAUGGCCGCUCGCUGCCCCAGAAUCACCGUCAGCGGACGUUUCCCAACGGCACCCUCGUCAUCUCGGACGUGCAGCGGUCCGCAGACAGUGGAUGGUAUAGCUGCGUCGCCCAAGAUCCGGACGGAAACAGCGCCAAGGGACAGCUGGCCCUGGAUGUAAUGAUUCCCCCCGUGGUGAACCCGUUCGCCUUCCCGUCGGACCUGACGGAGGGCAAGCGCGCGGGGGCGGCGUGCAUCGUGUCCGACGGGGACCUGCCCAUAUCGGUGGAGUGGCGCAAGGACGGCCUGCCCCUGGCCCCGGCCCUGAGGGCGUCGGUGGCCGAGGCCAACGACUACACGUCCUUCCUGUCCUUCGCCGCCGUCCGACAGAGCCACUCGGGCAACUACACCUGCGUGGCCAGCAACCCGGCCGCCUCGGCCAACUUCACCGCGCCCAUGGUCGUGCAGGUUCCUCCUAGAUGGCGGCAGGAGCCGAGGGACAGGGCGGCAAUCAUGGGUCAGGCAGUGGUGUUCGACUGCCAGGCAGAAGGCUUUCCGGUGCCGGUCAUUCGUUGGAAAAAGGCUCAUGGUGACAGUGGCGGCCGCGACUUCAGCGUGAUCAUCAGCAAUGCCAACGUCCAGAUCCUCGAGAACGGCUCGCUCAGCAUUCGCGAGGCUGACCGCAAAGAUGGCGGGCAGUACAUGUGCCAAGCCAUCAACGGCGUAGGACCCGGAAUAUCCACGGUCGUCCGACUCGACGUUCACGUGGCGGCGCACUUCGAGCGCAAGUUCCAGGCACUCACUGUGCGUCGGGGCGAAAGCAUCGCCCUCACGUGCAGGGCCGUUGGAGAGCCCCCCAUCACCGUCACGUGGACCAGGGACAGGCACGGGUUCAACCCCACGCUCGAACCAAGGUACGUGGUCGAAGAGAAGCCCGGCGCUGAGGGGCUCGAGUACUCGGUGCACAUCCCGACCGCCGACCGCAGGGACUCGUCGCUGUUCAGCUGCUACGCCGAGAACGCCUACGGCAGGGACGAUACGAACUUCCAGGUCGUCGUGCAAGAGCCUCCUGACAAGCCCCGAAGCCUAGAAACGACAUCAACAACGAGCCGUGCAGCCACGCUGGUCUGGGCACCGCCAUACUCUGGCAACAGCCCCGUGCUCAAAUAUCUCCUCGAAUACAAGACGGAGUCCGGCUCGUGGGGCAACGAUGGACACCUUGUGGCCGUCGAGUCGACGGAGCUGUCCCACCUGGUCAACACCCUCAAGCCCAAGACGACCUACGAGUUCCGUCUCCGGGCGGAGAACGUCCUCGGACUCAGUGACUAUAGCGACUCGCUCGUCCUCACCACGGACGAGGAAGCACCUGGCGGCGCACCGCGAGAUAUCAAAGUGACACCGACUGGUUCCCGCAGUCUCCGCGUUGCUUGGAUGCCUCCGUCCGAAUCGGAGUCCCAGGGGACGGUGCAGGGCUACUACGUGGGCUACCGAGUCCGCGACUCCAAGGAGUCGUACGCCUACAAGACCCUAGAGGCCGCGUCGACCUCUCUGGGCUCGUCUUCGUCGGGCCUCCAGGAGUGCGACCUCAACGACCUCCGCAAAAACACUCGCUACAGCGUGGUCGUCCAGGCCUUCAACGGCAAGGGCGCCGGUCCUUCGUCGGAGGAGGUCUUCUCUCAGACGCUCGAAAUAGAUCCGCCGACUGCGCCAUCUCUGAAGCUCGUGUCGUCGACGUCGUCUUCAGUGCACCUCAGUUGGGAAGUGGCGAAGGAGCAGCCAAUAAGCGGGUUCGUGCUCUUCCAACGCACCGAGGCGAGUCCGAACCCGAGUGCGCUGACCUCGGAGUCGUCGGGCGAGUGGUCCGAGGUGCAGAUGGGCGCCGACCGGUCCGCCUACGCCUUCCGGAGCCUGGGCUGUGGCAGGCGCUACGCCUUCUACGCCGUGGCCUUCAACGCGGCCGGCAGGGGGCCCCGCAGCAACACCGUGCACGCCAAGACGGACGGAUCCACGCCCGUGGCUCCCGAGCAGCAAGACCUGGUGACGACCAACAUGACGGCGGCGACCCUUCAGCUGAGCUCCUGGAAAAGCGGCGGCUGCCCGAUCUCCUUCUUCGUGGUGCUCUACAAGCAGCAAGCGGCUCGGGAGUGGACGCCGGCGGCCGCCAGACCGCAGCAGGCGCAUCUCCCAGCCACGACGCUCGUGUUGGGGGACCUGACCCCCGCCACCUGGUACGAUCUCCUGGUCACCGCGCACAACGAGGCCGGCUCCACGGAGGCCGAAUACGUGUUUGCGACGCUCACGCUGACCGGAGGUACCGUGCCACCACCCCGGUCAACUCAAGCCGUGGAUUCGCAGCACCGACAUAUCCGCAUCAUCGUACCCAUCUUGUCCGGGCUGAGCGAUAUACCGGUUCUCAGGAAGUGA